UGGCAUUAGUCUAUGAGGCCGAAGGCUCAUUGCACUACAACGCGUUCUACGUACCAGCCUUUGUUCUUCGGUUCUCCCUUAAACAAUUUCCAGCGCCCAGCAGCGACUGCUUGACAGCUGUGCGCCGAAACUCCCGAAGCCUGGCCAGAUGCACCCAAAUGCCGACGUGAUGCAAGGAACCGCGCUAGAACGCACACAUGGAGGCGCUUUACAGACUAACGGACAGUAGAUAGCUUCAACUUACGGUGACGCCUUAUCUUAAAAGUGGUACGUGCGCGCGCUAGACAGACGCCUAUAGUGUCCAGCCUUCUCUAGCGCUCUAGCCUUAGUCUGCCGGAGUCGCUGAUUUCGUUAGCUGAGCGCUGGGAGGUAAUCUUCUGGCUAUAUAAUGGAAUGGCGCAGUCUAUUCUCCAUAACUUUGCCCCUCUCCUCGACCGCUUCUCUAGGACAUAAUCAGGGCCAGCCAGAGCCAAGUUGAACAUAUCUCCAUCAAAUACUAUUUAGUACCAACAUGAAUGUCUGCCUAUGGGGCUGCGCAGCGCCAUUUGAAGAAGUGCCAGGCAAGUCAGGCCGAUCUAAAACAACGGUAUCGCUUGAACCAGUGCCAACAAUCCAUCUUAUUCCACCUUCCCCAUCUAAUCAACAGACAUUUGACCUUUCCAGCUCUUCCACCGAAAGCUCGCACCGUCAGACUUUUGCCUAUAUGAGCGUUGACAUCACCAAUUCCCGGCCCAACAGCUCAUGGACUCAACGCAUCAGUGGAUUCUUUGACCCUUCAAAAAUACCAUUCAACUCUCGGACCGUUCCCAGGUCGGAAGCGGUUUCAGUUUAUCUGGCACCACAUCCAGAUUUGCCUGAAGACCCAUUUGCAUCGAGGAUCGAUAUGGCUGCUAUAUCGACCGACGUAGGCCCUCUGCGCGACGUUUUCAAGCAAGAUGGUCCCUUGGCUGCUGGGACAGGAGAAUGCGGUGUUGCGACUGGAAAUGAAAGAAAACAUGAUGCGGUGCAGCCGAGCAACCAGAUUCCCGUCGGACAAUCCUACAAAGUCGCCGACUCUAUAGGUCAUUUGUCUAAAGAGGAGCUAUCCAAGGGCCCCCGGAAGAGGAUCAUCAAUCAGCAGUCGACGCAUUCAUUCCCUUGACCGAUCUGGAGAAUGAGUUGUCAUUCAAAAGACACUGCGUCUAAUAUAAUUGCUAAAAACAUUGUCUUCUUCAGUCAGUAAAUCAGCCUUGCUUUCCCUUAUCCCCAUUAACUCAAAGACUAGUCGAGAGUGGCAACUAUCCAGUGUACAACACUUACCACCUCUUUCGCUGUAGCAUUAGUCUCUCAUCACUAUUAGUUUCGGUGUACCAAUCUUUGUAUCAAUCACAUGAUUAUCCACGACUUGACAUAACUAUGUUGCAUGUAUAUCGUAUACCAG